UCGGCUUGCCGCUCCGAUGUUACUGAACAGAAGUGCGGGUUAGGAAAAAUAUUGUUCGUGUUUUAUGUUUUAAAACGAGUCUCUUAUGGCUUUUUUUGAAUGAAAAAGAAUAAAUUAGAUUCGGUUUUAUUUAUUGUAAUUUUACUACUGCUACUUUAAGUGAAGUUUUAUUAAAACAAAGUCUUUUCUUCCCUUGUCUUGCUUCAAUGGAGGAUUUUUGUUUAUAAAUAUUGAUUUAUUACAUUCCAUAUUUUAAGCAUUGUCUAGUGCCUUUGAUAAAAAGUGAAAUGUAGGUAGUACUUAAACGGGUGCAUGCUAAUUAUUGUUAUUACAACAAAAAUGCAACAGUUACCGUAUAAUCAUUAUAGUGUGUACAGGGCAUUGUGCGAUGUGAACUUCUGUGCUUGACCGUGUUUCUUGUGUUAUUGUGUCCAGUUUGUGUUUAUUUAGACAAUGGAGGGGACCACAGAGAAGGAUUGUUCCCCCCUGUGGAACUUAUAUCAACAAAUCGUUUCGGAUAUGAAGAACAGCGCGCCGAUGUGGGAGGAAUUCAUUUCAAAGGCGACCAAACUUCACUCUGCACUCAAAUCAGCGCUGGUAGCAAUAGCUGCUUUCCUCGAUGCUUUUCAAAAAAUUGCCGAUGCAGCCACUAAUGCAAGGGGAGCGACAAAGGAAAUCGGCACAGCGCUUACCCGAGUAUGUUUGCGACACAGAGCUAUAGAAUCUAGGAUGAAAACUUUUAUCGGUACAUUAAUGGAACGUCUAAUAACGCCUCUAUCCGAGCGAGCGGACGAAUGGCGCCGCGGUUGCAACGGCGGCGGCGCUCUGAGUCGCGAACAUGCUCGCGAGUGUAAACGCGCGCGCGCAGAACUGCGGCGGCGCGUGCACGAUGCGCAAAGACACGCGAGGAAGGCGAGGAGAGCGACGCCGGACGUUAAGCGUCGAGCUGAUGUGUGUCUACAGGAUGUCCAAGAGCGUAAACAACAGUUGGAAGAAAUGGAAGAGAAGGCGGUCAAGGCCGCUCUUAUUGAAGAGAGAAGCCGCUUUUGUCACUUCGUAUCCUUACUCAACCCCGUGGUGGAGAGUGAAGUAGCAAUGUUAGCGGAAGUCGGUCAUCUUCAAGAAGGAACGGAACAGCUGUCGAGACAAACAACCGAACCGAGGAGUCUACCAGCUGCCAGCUUACAGGUUAUAUGCGACAUUAAGUCUUGCUAUAGCGGAUGGGCGGAGGGAGGAUCCGCCCCCCACUCUCCCUCAGCGUCGUCUCGCUUGGGCAGCCGGAAAUCCUCGCUUACCUCCAUCUCGUCUCUAACAAGCCAAUGUUCCGAUCAGCACGGCGUGUCAGGAUCAACAGUUAGUUGUUCGACGCCCAUAUCGAGCGCAUCGUCGGGCGUCACCCCCACGCCCGCGCCGGACUCCCUCAGGGGACUAUCGCAGUCGGCACGACUAGCCAGCGUGUGCAGCUCGGACUCUGGGUUUCGUUCCCAGGACGCGCUGCAGCGGCCGUCACUCUACGUUGAUAAUGGUUCAGACAAUCAGAGCGUCAGUAGCGAGUGUGUGACUCCGUCUAAAGCGGACGAGGAUACAACUGACGACACCAACGAUGGCAUGACUAACGCUGCUUCGGCGACAUGGCCCGAUUUAAAAGAUACGGCCCAGUUCGAAAGAGCCGCCUCCGCUAUAAUGGGUGGUCGACCGCAUACGAUAUCAGCGGGCGCCGAGCGCGGGCACGGGCGCGCGGCGCUGUCGGCGCACACGUUCGAGCUCGCCGUGGCGCGCCCGCCGCUGCCCACCCGCUGCUCGUCCUUAGAGCGACCGUCGGUGCCCGCCAAGACGAACUCCAACAUCGCCCACGUGGAGUUCAAACCAGCUAAGCCUUCUUCUUUGCCGCCGCAUCUCGCUAAAGAAAUGCCGCAAGCCCUGUACGUGAAUAUGUCUGAGCUCGCGACUAUGGCCGCUUCCCGAGCUCAGCAACAGAACGCUGAAUAUCCUCAACAGGAAAAGGUUUGCUCAGAAAGCAGUGCGAGUGAAUCUUCAUUGGAAUCGUCCAGUGGAUAUGGAAGCCAAGGGGCUUUCGCGGCCGAGGACCAUGCCCACCAACAUUUGAUCCAACAUCCUGACGUCGAAUCGGAGAUCGUGACGUUGCGAAGGGACUCGGUGGCGAUAGCUAGAGAAAACUUCUCGAUAUCGCUUGGAAGUUUGGAGGAAGCGGUUCGAUCGUUGGACGAAGCUGUCGACUCGCCAACGUUUGCGACGAUCGGCAAGAAGCCGGCCGUGCCGAAGAAACGGCCCGUGUCUAUGUCAGCGUCCGUGUGGUCGAGACGCGGUUCCUCGAGCUCAGUGGGAAAGCCUCCGCCGCCUGUUAGGAGAUCUUCGUCCAUAUCGAGGCCGCAGAGGCCUCCGUAUCAGAGUACUGUCCAAAGUCCUGCCGUGAAUACAAAUGACACGGACAAUCUCCCACCGCCACCAGCUUUUCUCUUACAGCCCGAUGGUGACAACAGUGCAGCACAAACAAGUAUAAAUGUAGCUGAAACAGUGAAGCAGUUGACCGAACUGAAACACAUGCCCGCCUCGCCUGGACUCGUCCGUCGCACGUUACAGAAUCAGAACCAAAAUUCGACUCAAAAUCAAACAUACGCCCAAUCACAGAGCCCGACUCAGCUGAGCACCUUCCAACAGGCGAAGAGCAACUUCUCUUCGACUGUAAGUUUGAAUAAUUCGGGAAGCUUGAACCCGAUAUACGGAACCACUGGGAACAGGAUCAUGACGUAUGUGGAGAACUCAAUGUUCGUUAGGAAGAAUAGUUUGAACAGCUCGAAUUCAGAUUUAUAUGGAACCAAUACGGGUGGUAUUUAUGGUGAACCUAAAGGAUCACCUCACGGUUCGACGCCUUCAACUCCAAGCUACGGAGAUACCAAUACUUUCUCAAGUUUCGGUCCGAGGAUGAACAACGACUCGCAUUAUGGACAGACAGGUGUGAAACUAUCGGACAAGUACGCAGCUGGCAAGUGCAUCUACGCGCAGCCCGCGACGGGCGUGGCGGGCUACGCGCUGGCGCGGCGGCUGUCGGCGCGCUCGCACAGCGCCGAGCGGCACCUCGCCGAGCAUGGUGGUUUAAUAGCGAGUUUAAGCGCUAAACUCGCCCCGCAGCUCUCUCCGCGAACGACGAGACGAGCCAUCUCUACCAUCACAGCGUCCGAUUCACCACCAAAAGGAAAAGGCGCGCCGGCCGCCGUGCAGCCCGCCUUCCUGGACAAGCUGUCGGCCACGCUGCAGCGCCGCCCGCCGCCCGCGUCGCGCGCCAGCUGCGUGCGCGAGCGCAUCAACGCGCACGCGCAGCCCGACCCGAGAGUGUGUCACACUUCGCUGAUGGAACAGAUAAAACGUGGUGCAACGUUACGAAGGAAUAAGUUCUGCAACGAUCGGUCUGCACCUAAAAUACGUUAAUCGAAACGAUGCACUGGAAUACGACUCAUAUGUAAAGUAUUUAAAGUCUAUAUUGAUCUGUAAUCUCAUAAAACUGUUAUUAUUAGCAUUGCUUUAAUAAUAUAAAUAUCGUUGCUUAGUUAACAUAGUUCAAGUUGUAAAUUGUUUAUUGUAUUUAGGAAGGUGUCGUGAUUGGUUAGUACGCAAUUAUUUGAUUUAAUGUAGUACUUGGUGCGUUUCAUUCGAAUGCCGUAUUAUUUGGAAUUAUUUUGGUUGUUCAUAUAGUUACAAACGUCAGUUUAUCGUAGUAUUUUUUUUUUUGAGCAUCAUGAGAAUAUCUUCAUGUGGCUGAUGAAAUUCGUAAAUAUAAUGUUGUGGAACAAACGUAACCUUAUUUUUCACAGCAAAAACUUUGCCCAAGUCAUUGAAUGACUUUUAUGAACAGCCUGUAUAACGACUUGAAUAUUGUUAUCCAAGCGACGAUUUUACUAUAAAAAAAGUAUUGAAACCAGUAAUCUCUUUCGUGUGAUUUAUAUUGGAUGUAACUUUAAAAUUUCUGGCCGAAUCUUAAUUAAAUAGAAUAUUUAUAUUUGAAAUUAAACAUAUUUUUUGGGUAGCAAUAUAAAGUGACAAUAUGGAAUAAGCUUAUAACGAUAUUAAAUGUCUGAAGACAAUGUUGCCAGUUAUGAUAAUUUAAAAAAAUUUUGUAAUUUUUAUUACUGGCAAUUAUUUUUUGAUUGUACAAUUAAAAGCUUGAAACAUUCGUAAUAGUGUGAGAAGUCUAAUACACUUUACUAUCGUUAUGACGAUCCUGUAACGUUAUAUUUUUAAUUUAUUUAUUCCUAAAUAAAUAAACAAGUUAAGAGUACACAACUUUUAAUUGUAUAAUUUAAAAAUAAUUGAUUCGAAGCUAACUGUUAAAAUGUUUACAAUCCAUUAUUAAAUACAUCUGGUUUAAGAGGAGCGAAGUAAGGCUACAACCAUACCUGUAACAAGACACAAUUGUAUAAUAAUGUCAUCUCAUAUUUACAAGAGUGGUUAUUUCGCUUCCGAUCCAAGUGUAUUCGAAAUACAAAAUCUUUUUUUUUUAAAUAGACGAUAUUGAGAUCGAGAAAUCGAAACGAAACACUAAUUCAAAACAUAAAUGCAGUCUUACAAAUGAAAUUAAUAAUUUCAUUUCCUAAGGCAACUUCGAUACAAGCGACGUAUUGUUAUAGAUGCGAUACAUUCGGACAAUAUUUUAUAUAAAACUCGGACAUAUCUACGAUAAAAUCUGACUUGUAUAAUGCAUAUCUGUAUUCAAAUUUUCUAUUAAACUUUUUAAUAAUGAAUUUUCAUAAUCAGGGCUGUCCAAUUGUACGAAUGCUUUUUAAAAUAACUUUCUUUUUGUAUUUAACUUUUUAUCGCAGGUCGAUUUAUAUAAUUAUUGAGACAGCCCUUGUCCAUCAUUUUAGACGAUUGUUUUUCCUUAAUUCCGUCUCAACAAAGUUGACUGAUAUGACUCCUAUAACUGUGUUCUUCGAGCCUUUCCUUUAUAAAUAUUAAUAGUUAAGGCUUUUACAAUGACUAUGAAUAUAAAUGUAUGAAAAUAACAGAUUUCAAGUAUUUAGUUUAAAACAUUAAUUAAAAAAAAUAAUAUUGCGUACAAUAUCUUUUAAGUCGUAAGAUUUAUUGUGUAAUUGUUAUUCAAUCUUUAGUCCUUUUGUUUAUUUAUGAUUUUUAUAAUUAUAUAAUUUCUAAAUUAAGUUUUUUUUUUUUUUUAAUUAAAAUCUUUUUGAUCUAUAUUGCACUUCGAUGUCGCCAUUUUGAAAUAGUUGAAUUUUUUUAUCCUAUAAAUAGUGUUUAUAAGUAAAAAAUGUUUGCCAGAAUGUUUAUACAUAUAUUAUAUUAAAAUAGAUGAAACUUCAAUAAGGGGAUAGUUAGAUAAAUGUGAAACGCUGAAUUAUUUAUUAUUUUUUUACGCGAAUAGAACAAUAUAAUACUGUAUGUAAUAUCUCUUAGACGUUCGUUCCUCAUAUUUUCUAACGCAUGGUUUUUUUUUUUUUUAAUUAAUUUGAUCGUCUGUUUAGGAUUAGCAGCACAGAUAAUAAAUGGUAGUCUAUAAGUGUGUUUAUAUUAAAAAAUGGUAGCUUUUGACAUAUCUCAUAUACAAUAUUUAAUAUGAAAAUUGAACGUUGGAAUUUAUAUAUCUUCGCUUUGGUGGAGUUAACAAUAGUUUGCGUUUAAAUGUAUACAAUCAAAUAUAUAAUAUAUAGUCCAGUAUAACAUAUGGUAAUGGUAGCAUUUUUCCGAGAAAGUCUGUUUUUAAGUUGUGUUUAGGUAAUGUUUGCGUAUGUAAUUGAUGAAUUGGUGAAAAUUAAACGAAUAUUG